CCGUCGAAAGUGAAGGACGACCAUCAUUACAGUCUCAAAGGGGUUGUCCACGGCCUGUGGCUUUGUAAUGAGGGCUAAUUAAGUUGUAAAGUGGGACGUUCUCUCCCACAAAGCAACUCCUCCACCGUGCAUCCCCGGCACAGGUAUUCACAGUUCGCUCCAGGGUCGUGGUCUUAACCGGUGGGAGGGAGACAGAGAGGGAAACUCUCACGUGUGACGUCACCCAUGUCUAUUUUGGGCCUCCAGUGCUUCUGGGCCCUGACUGUAGUGGAAGAGUGUUGAGCAUAUCUGUAUCGAAGCCUGGCGUGCCCCUGCACAAUGGAGAGCGGUGUGACUAGCUUUCGAUCCACCUAACAGUAGUUCCACUGAAUCUACCAUCACAACCAACCCAGUCUGCAAACGAAAGGCCUGUUGCACGUUCGCACCGUGGCGCUCUCUCGCCUUUUCUCUCUAUCCAUUUGUCGUCUGCUCAGCUCAAAUGUAUCGUCUGCUCUCUCUACGAACAUCGCCAGUCAGUGACAUGUGUGUUGGUCGAGUGCGCGGGAUACCAGAAAGAAGAUUACAGUUGUGAUUUGCCGGACUAGCAUUCUCUGUCGGGAACUACAUCAGUGAGUUACAGUCUCCGUGCGCGGUGGAGUUCGUGGGCUCGAGUUGGAUUACUUCAAGAAACUUUGUGAGGGCAAUGUAGACAGCCACGUUUGUACUGACCUGGACCAUGUCUGACUCACAGUUAGAGGAUUCAUUAUAGUGUUGUAUGUUUCUAAGGAAUAAACUUCAAAAUGGAGAAUACCCCCAUGCUGAAGACAUCUCGGCGACCGAGAGUCCGGCGCCUGUUCAGUCGUUAUCACUUCCAUUGUGACGAGUUGGAGCAUCUGUAUGGGAGAUACGUUUAUAAGCUUCAACAAUCUGCCCUGGGGUACUUGUUGGUGCUGUUUAUACUCCUUUCGUUAUGCUUAGCUAUCCUGGAUUUUUCCUAUGCAAAAUAUGUGACAGUGGAGGCACUGUAUCUCACUGUACAGUUUGCCGUGUUCUUAGGUUUGCUGAUACUGAUUAAUACCCGCUGUAUGAAGGAGAUUCACUUCCCCGUUGUGUGCUACGUUGUGCUCCUGUUAUUAAUUUGUUUUGCCAUCUCAUCUCUGCCCCUGGAUUUUGGAUUGGAUAUACCUGAUCGCUCACGCCCAAAGAAGAACCUAGCAGACGGAGUAUGGCAGACCGUGUAUGUCAUAUUCAUGAUAUACGCAAUGAUGCCUAUAAGGUCCCUCGUCGCGAUAAUUUUGGGAUUUUUGUUACCUGUGCUCCACCUGACUGUCUCGGCCCUGGUUGCCAACAGGUUCCCUUUGUUGCUAUGGCGACCGCUUGUGGCGAACGGUGUGCUGUUUCUGAGCGUCAACAUAGCAGGGAUAUUUAUUCAUUAUCUCACACAAAGGUCUCAGAGAAAGACGUUCAUUGACACACGCAACUGUAUAGCAGCUAGAUUAGAAAUACAGGAGGAAAAUGAAAAAUUGGAAAAGCUUCUUCUCAGUGUCUUACCACAACAUGUCGCCAUGGAGAUGAAAAAUGAUAUCACUACGCCUCAUCACGGAAUUUUUCACAAGAUCUAUAUACAACGUCAUAACAAUGUGUCAAUAUUAUUUGCUGAUAUAGUUGGGUUCACAAAUCUUGCUUCUCAGUGCACGGCGCAGGAACUGGUUAGAAUAUUAAAUGAACUGUUUGGAAGAUUUGAUCAUUUAGCAAAGAACAAUUACUGUCUUCGCAUCAAGAUCCUCGGAGACUGCUACUACUGUGUCAGCGGCCUCCCCGAACCCAGGGCCGACCACGCCCACUGCUGUGUGGAGAUGGGUCUGGAUAUGAUUGAAGCUAUAGCAACGGUUUGCGAAUCUACUGAUGUCAAUUUGAACAUGCGCGUGGGACUCCAUACAGGGAGAGUGUUGUGUGGAGUUCUGGGCCUCAAGAAAUGGCAGUAUGACGUAUGGAGCAAUGACGUCUCAUUGGCUAAUAGGAUGGAGGCUGGGGGUCUUCCAGGACGUGUCCACAUCACUCAAGCAACGCUGGAUAACCUCCAUGGACAGUACGAAGUGGAACCGGGUCAUGGUGGCGACAGGAACUCCUACCUGAAGGAGGAGGCAAUCGAGACCUACCUGAUCAAGGCCAAGCUUCCUAGAAGGCCCGGCGUGUUUCACCAGAAGGACUGGACCGGCUUACGACCCAAGAAGUUGUCAUUCCGGAACGUCACCAACUGUGUCAUGCGCCUCAUGCAGUCCGUCAAGUUUAAUGCUGAAAUCCCAUUCCAGAAUGUUCUCACUCCUACUCAAGACGAGAAACCAGUUCAUAAAUUUAGUGUAUUUGCCUCGAUGACGGACAAACUUCGUAAACCCUUUAAAGAACGGCACUCCCACCUGCCUGAACCCCGGGACCGUGUCAACAAGUACCUGGCCCAGGCCAUCACAGCUCGGAGUGUGGAGAGGGAGAAGACGAACCACGUGAAUGUCAUCACCCUCCGGUUCCGCUGCUCGGAGACAGAACGCAGAUAUCAGACUGUGGAGGACUUUGCCUUUGGCGGCAGCCUCAUCUGUUCCCUGCUGCUGUUGCUGUGUGCUGCCGGACUCCAGGCGGUUAUACUUCCCAGGACACUUCUGCUCUUGAUGCUGUUUCUUGCGUCCUUCACGUGGAUCGCCAUCGUCCUCAUGCUCAUUCUAAGUGUCAAGAUCAAGUGCACACCAUUUGAUAUUCGGAAGUCAGCCGCCCUGAGACUGUUUAUUAUGAUAACUACCAUCGUCCUCAUCUACGCUACGGCUCAGGUCAAUGUGUUCUGUUGCAAGGGCGGGAAUAUAUUCGCCUUUCUCACCAACAUCACGAUGACGUCAUCAAGCGACAGUCACCUGAAGUGCGCGAUGCCGCAGUACAUCUAUCUGAGUGCCAUUGUGUCUUUCAUCUGUGUCUCGGUGUUCCUCAAACUGUCCUCCUGCAUCCGGCUGGCUCUCAUGCUGAUCAUGGCGGCGUUCUACUUGGUGCUCAUGGAGUACACACAUAAGACAGUCUUCGACAACUUUGAUGGCAUGGGCUUGAAUUCGGGGGACUCGCUAGGCGCCGCGGAGAUUAGAAGCGACCCCCUGAUCCCCACCCAUGUGUCCGGCAUCGUGUGUCUCAUCAUCUUCAUCAUCACCUUGUUUGUCCAGGGCCGGCAGCAGGAGUGGACAAACAGGCUGGACUUCCUGUGGAAGGCUCAGGCGACGGAGGAGAAGAUCGAGAUGACAGACCUGCAGACCAACAACCGCCAGAUCCUCUGUAACCUCCUCCCCACCCACGUCGCCGCACACUUCAUCGACAACGGCAGUAGGAGUCACAUGGAGCUGUACAGCCAGCAGUACACUAAGGUGGGCGUCGUGUUCGCCUCCAUCCCCAACUUCUCCGACUUCUACAUCGAGCUUGAUGCCAAUAAUCAGGGUGUGGAAUGUCUCCGGGUACUGAACGAGAUCAUCGCCGACUUCGACGAGCUGUUGAAUGAACCUCGCUUCCGAGCUAUAGACAAGAUCAAAACCAUCGGCAGCACGUACAUGACAGCCAUUGGUUUGAUGCCGGAACAUCUGAUCCAGGAUAACGACGUCUCCGUGACGCACCACAUGACUGUGUUGGCGGAGUUUGUGUUUGCCAUGAAGGAGAAACUCAGAAACAUCAACGAGAACUCCUACAACAAUUUUGUUCUCAAAGUCGGGAUGAACAUCGGCCCCGUGGUAGCAGGCGUUAUCGGGGCGAGGAAGCCGCAAUACGACAUCUGGGGGAACACUGUCAAUGUAGCUAGUCGUAUGGAAAGUACUGGCAGGCCAGAUUACAUACAGGUGACAGAGGAGGUGUACUCGCGACUGAAGGAGGUGUAUGAGUUCAAGUGUCGUGGCAAGAUCAGUAUCAAGGGAAAAGGGGAAAUGAUCACGUACUUCCUGGUUUGCCGGAAGUCGGGAGGCUUCUUCCCGGACUAUCCAUCCCCUCUUUCACCCGACAGCCCUCGGUUACCCAGACCACCGUCACGUGAAUCUCGCGAGAGUAUGUCAAUGAGAUACGGAAGUGGAAAUAACAUCAGGGACUCCGUGAAACAGGGCUCGUUGACCUCUCAAGGACGAGGUGGCAACGGCUAUGGUGCUAUUAGUUUAGAGCGGCAACCAAGUUUAGAUUCGCAGAGAGGUAACAUGCCCACUCCUCCUGGGAGCCUGAGUAAGAAUUCCAGAAGGAAGAACAGUAAUGACAGUCCGAGGAACCCACUCCGGAAACUGAGCAAUUCCUCCGUAACAAACUGUUUGUCUGGUGACGUGAACACUCAGGGCAGAGUGGAGUCCCCAGAACUGCCAGCAAUACAUUACAUGAACAUCAAGAUGCAGGGUAAGACAGAUAGGUCAAGAUGCAAUGUUAUACAAAAUGCAAUGUUUGAUAGUCUCAAAGAAUCGAAUAACGAAAACACAAUAUACAGAAACGUGCCUUCUCACUGUACAAGUCCCACUGACUCCUCCGCUGCCACCAGUCCGGCAAGUGUUCGCAGUCAGAGUCAGAUGACGCAGACGUUCCAGGUACAGAGUUCUUCCCAGCCAAUAAGAAGAACCACGCAUGACAUGGCGAGUAAACCUCCCAGUGGGAACACCACAGCUCUUUAUGCCCGGCCUACUCCUUUAGUGUUUGCAGGCGUAGUUCCAUUUAUGAAACAGCCUAUGAAAAUGCCUAGUCCUGACGAUUCCAUUCCCGAGGAUCCUAAUAUCAGAAAUAGUAAAGCAUUCUUACUUGAAAAGGAUAUGCCAGAGAAAGAGAUUAUACCAAUGAGCAAUAUUAUCAAAGAACUGGGUCAGGUUGUCUCCCCUUCUCACCCAAACAGACCUUUCCUGAAGAGUGUAGCUCGUCCUCCACUCUCGGCUACUCCCAUCCGACAGGACGAGGAGAAGUUUGUGACAGCAGUUUAUAGAGAACCCAUUGAUAGGUCUCACUCUUCUACCCCGACUCAGAAAAGCAAUGCCUCUUCAGAUAGGAAUUCUACCAACGGCGAAAAGAAGUCUCCUCCCAAACCUGCGCCCAAACCAGAGAUCCGACGAUCAUCGUCUGGGUCAAGGGAAAGUAACUCUUCAGGCUCCACGCUCACGCCAACAUCUGCCCUUGUGGUCAGUGUUGAUGGUAAGACUAUGUCCAUCCUCCCUCCUAGCCCAGAAAGCCCAUCUCUUGCGUUGAGGAGGGUGCCAUCGGGGGGAGACAAGCAUAAAGUGAAUGGUGUUUUGUCUGAAGAAAGCCUAGCGACACAGUCCCCAAGAAUAACAAAGGCGCGAUUUUCGCCGUCUAAGAGGCCACUGACAAAUAUGUCGGAUGAUGACAAAGACUCUGUUAGUUCUCGACCUAUGAGUGACAAUUCAUCAAUUGUGUUGUUACAACCAAUAGAACUAAAACCUUCCCGACCUGCCUAUAUACGUCAGAUUACUUUGCCCGAGGGGAAAUAUUAUGACUUAGAUAUGAAGUAUUUUGAUAUUCCCUACCGCAGUCUGGAUAGGCAGAUUUCAAGGUCCAGUGAUACUAUCAACAGUAUACCAAGAUGUCCUCCUACGCCAAAGUUCCCAGUCCCUUCAGCAUCUUCAUCGCUCACUCAACUCUUACAGGAGCUCACUGGAGAGCCACACUGUCAAAGUGACGGAUUGCCCUCUCCCAGACUCAGACUGAGUAGCCCAAGAGCAGGGCGUUCUCCUAGAGACGUUAGCAAAGCCAGUCGAAUUCCCAGACCAAAAACUGCAAACCAAAACGGCCCGACCAAACCAGAAAAUGAUGAUCCUAAACAAAACGAUUCUUCAAAAACUAUUCCAGCUCAGCACAACCGACUAUCCAUUAACCCCUUCCAAGUAAAACGUCGCCAGGCGCACACCAUGCCGCCACGACACUGUCGAAGUCUGGACUAUAUCCCCAGCGAUCGGGAAGAUUACGCUUCAGCUAUUUCAUCCAACGCUUCAUCAACGUGUGGAAGUCCUAAAAUCAAGCAUUCAUAUUUGAUCCCACUGAUAUUCGGGAAACAACCCACUACCCUUGACAACAUCAGCGUGUCCUCCCUCGCCAGCAGCAGCGAAAUGUCUAAGAGUGAUCCUGCCGUGAACUUUGACUCGGGGUCAGCAGCGUAUGAAUCUGAGUAUGAUAAUUAUAGGCCAGGAAUGGCUAGUGACGAGGACUACUUUAUUCCCGACGCUGUCAGCGAUGUAGAUAUUGAUAUGUUUGACGACAUCAACAUUGACAAUGUUACUGUGAGCGAUUCCUACAGCCUUGAAAUGCCCCCUUCGCCGCCUACAGAAGAAAGUAACUGAUGUAUGAUAUGUAUGAUGCACUCACCUGCCCCGCUUUCACCCUCACCUGUGUUACCUAUUUGGUCAGGGCCUUGCAGGAGAGAUUUUGCUAAGUUAUGAGGAUGACAAUGGUAAUUGCUGCUGUCAAAUGCAGAUACAAGAAAUGUCAAUAGAGACAGAUGACAAAGACACCAAUGAGAUUAAUUUUUGUGGUGCUGCUUAUGUCUGUGUUUUUACCUUGUGAUGUUGAACUAGUUUUUUCGAAAUGCUGACGAUGAUGUUUCCAAUGUACCAGCCAGGCAUGUAGCCAAUCAAACUUAUAUUGCUGUUAUAUAGCUGGUUGUCUCAGAAUUAACAUUUGGUCUUGUUUGGAGGAGAGCCAACACAAAGCUCCGGAUCACGUGUAAUCGGCAGUUUUACUACUGAAGACUUCAUGGGACCCUGCCACGUGAACCUGAGAUCAACGAUAUUAAUACAUUUUACACAUGACAACAUUGUUAGGUUUUGUGUGGUUCUGGCAUCCGAACUGAAGUGCUCGGGAGGCUGCAGAUGUAUAAUUCAUUUAAGUGGACAAGUCCCUGCCGGUCUGAUGUUAUAGUGAUAGUUGGCCUGUUGUGACAGGGAAGCCCUUCAGUAUAAUGACAAACUGCGUGUAUAGAGAGUCACAGCUCGCCGUGUGUUGAGUCCAUCCAUUGGCUGAUGUCAGAUAACCUGUGAUAGAGCCCGUGGUCCAGCUGCUGGGAGAGGACGUUGAUGGGCAAGUGAUAAAUACAGAAGGCCUUGUGUAUCUGCAAGGCAUGUAUAUUUCUGUAAAGGGGUGAUGCGAAUGUCUCAUAUAACCUCCGCUGGAUGUAAGUGACAUUAGCUACAAACAACAACCGGGGAAUGACUGGUGGGUUUGGUACUACUUUGUCACAGUUCGUGUAUCACUUACUCAACCAGAGUGCUCAGUGCUUUCAUAUUUUGGUGUACUACUUAUCACUAUUUUGGCUGGGAACUGAACACAUAACCUUAUAAUGACAGGGAACCAACUCAGAGAUAAUAUACUAUCGGGUAAGAGCAUAUUACAGCAUUAAUACUUCAUUGUCAUCUGUUUGUCAGCAUUGGAGCAGGGAUGUUGGGUUUCACCACAUUGGGGAACAUAUGCGAUCUGCGUCGUGCAGUUAUAGGUUCCACUUCUAACGCAGGUAGAAUACUGAAAUAAUGUUCAAGGCUGCGUCCAAUCGUCCGACUGUGAGGAGCUGUCCCCAGGACGCGCCUUGGUCGUGGUUUAAAAAACAUAUUUUCCCUAUUAUGCAUGGCUUGUCAGAGCAAUAUUUGUUCUCUCCAUAACUUAACAUUACUUACUCUAUGCCAUAUUCUUGAGUUCAGUAUGACACUGAGUCCACAGAAGUUGGAGAUAUGAGACUUGUUACUGCAUAUAUGUAUCCCGCCUUUACGCUGUCUGUAUGUGGGUAGUUGAUGCUGUUGUUUACAUCAGACACUGAUGUAUUUUUAUCAAGUGCGACUGGGAAACUUAACGGGAAGUACAAAGUGGGAAUUCUUUUUGAACAGGGAAAGGUUUUAAAUGUGAGAAGAACGUUAUAAUUGCAGUUGAAUUGGAACCACUGCCGUGUUAAUGUGCAUAAUAUACUUGAUGUAUGGCAUGAUGUUCGUGAUAACUUGAAUGUCUACGUGCUUAUUUAUACUUACUAGUAUUUAUGUAUAUGUAACUUUUAAACCAUGAUCCAUGAAAGGUCAAGAUUCUUGUAAAUACCAUUGGUUUUCUGACUUGAUGCCCGUAUAUUUAUUUCAUUACAUCCUGAACUGUAUAUGUGAUUUUGAGAACAAUCAUUCGUGAUUUGCAUACAUCGGCUCGUUCUUCACGAACGAGGAUUUUUAGGACUUUCAGAUACUUUUGUUUGAAAUCACAACUGACGAUUUGUGUUUUCGAAAAACAGAAAGACGAGAAAAAACCCAGUAAAGAAUGUGGAUUUAUUGGAUUACUGGAUAAGUGAACACUUUCUGUAUUUCUUCUCCACUGGGAACAGUGGCACCUGGUUGGACCAGUCAGGUAGGGGAUCCUGGACCACAAAGUGAUGUAGGUGAAGGUCUGUUAUAAGGUAAAGCGUGAGGGUUACCAUCGCCGUUACGCGGUGUUCAGUGUUCUGGAUUUGGGCCCUGGAGAAACGGAACUUUCGAUAACAUUUCAGCUAUUACAUAAAUAUGUUGUGUGUUUCAACGAGGGUCUUCAUUUCUUCGUAUGUAUGUUGAAAUCAGUUUCAUGCAUGCCAAAGUUGAACAUCCAGGGCUGAUUGUAUUGUUUAUUAUUUAGUCAUUGGCCAUGUUCACUCUUGUCCAGCAAUAUCAAACCAUGUUAAGACGUUGUCAAUUUUCUGAUGUUGCAGCCUGAAACAGCUGGUGUAUAUAUUCAACGUGUAGCCGCAAUGUAUGGACUAUUGUGUUGAACUGGUUAGCAUGUAGACUCGGUGUAUGUAGUCCUGACCCGAAUAGAACGUAUGCUUUAUAACAGAUACCAGGGGCAAUACUGCCUGAAGACGGUUGACAAAUGUGCACUGAGCAUAAAGCUGUUCAGCGUACGGUCUUCCCCUUCUGUAUUUAGUCAGCGAAUACAGGGUCUGUGUGUGUAUGUCCGGAUAUGGCUUGCUUUACCCUCUUCUUCGGAAACGUCAAGGAUGUGCGAGAUAAGCUCACAGAAAGCAUGUGUUCUCUAUUCGGGAAAGGAAGAUAUCGUGAAUGUAAAUACAACUGUUGAACCCAGCACGUUAUGUACUCACGGGAUCUAUAUUAUGCAAGUUUUGAUUGGUUCCCGUGUUUGUGAAACAAUCAUCCUUUGAUCAAUCAUACCGCAAACCGUUAGCAGUUUCCUGCUUCCCUGAUGUCGGAUGUUAUCGGUAUGUCCCGGAGAUUACCGAACGUAUUCCAUGCAUUUUUGUACGAAAUAAAAUCACAUUUGUCGAGCCAUA